AUGCAAAAGCUCAUGCAAAGGAGGCAGAGAAGGUUGCAGACACAAAAGCUCCAUGCAAAGGAGGCAGAGGCAGAGAAGGUUGCAGACACAAAAGCUCCAUGCAAAAGAGGAAGAGGCAGAGAAGGUUCAGAGAAGGUUGCAGACAAAAAAGCUCCAUGCAAAGGAGGCAGAGGCAGAGAAGGUUGCAGACACAAAAGCUCCAUGCAAAAGAGGAAGAGGCAGAGAAGGUUGCAGACACAAAAGCUCCAUGCAAAAGAGGAAGAGGCAGAGAAGGUUGCAGACACAAAAGCUCCAUGCAAAGGAGACAGGAAGAGGCAGAGAGGCAGAGAGGCAGGCAGGUUGCAAACGCUAAAGCUCCUCGCAAAGGAGGCAGAGAAGGUUGCAGAAGCAAAAGAUCCAAGGAAAAGAGGCAGAGAAGGUUGGAGACAUGAAAGCUCCACACAAAACAAGCAUAAAGGACCAUGA